ACAGCAGUCGCAAGUGGCAAACGGGUUCGAUGUCGUGCAGACGAAAGAUGACGACCAAUUGCCGUGCGGUGAAAUAAUGGUGGACAAGUGCUGAGAAAAAACAACAAACGCAGUCAAGUAGGAAAGCAAACUAAUCAAAGUGUGCCGCUGAGGCUUAGUGAGCAGCACCAGCAAGCAAGUAGCAGAAGCAGCAGCAGCAGUAGUGAUCAAGACAGCAGCGCAGAUAAGUGGUGGAACAGAUACCCGGCAGGGUACGUGUAGUGGCCAAGUGCAAGAAGAAGUGAACUCGUCCGACUGUGCGAGGGACAGAACGCCGGGACGUCAAAAUGGCGCACCAAAUGAUGGCCCCGUCGGUGAACUGUUCGCUGGAUGAUAUCGAUCUGAACGCACUCAAGGAUCCGGCUGGAAUCUUUGAGCUGAUCGAAGUCGUCGGAAAUGGAACGUACGGACAGGUGUACAAGGGCCGGCACACAAAGACUGGACAACUCGCUGCCAUUAAGGUGAUGGACGUCACCGAGGAGGAGGAGGAAGAGAUCAAGCUCGAGAUCAACGUAUUAAAGAAAUAUUCCAACCAUCGCAACAUUGCCACGUACUACGGUGCAUUUAUCAAAAAGACGCCCGCCGGCAAGGACGACCAGCUGUGGCUGGUGAUGGAGUACUGCGGGGCCGGUUCCGUCACCGACCUGGUCAAGUCGACCAAGGGCCAGAGCCUGAAGGAGGAGUGGAUCGCGUACAUCUGCCGCGAGAUUCUGCGCGGCCUGAGCUACCUGCACACGAACAAGGUGAUACACCGCGACAUCAAGGGCCAGAACGUGCUGCUGACGGACAACGCCGAGGUGAAGCUGGUCGACUUCGGUGUGUCGGCCCAGCUGGACAAAACCAUCGGACGGCGGAACACGUUUAUCGGUACGCCCUACUGGAUGGCGCCGGAAGUUAUAGCUUGUGAUGAAAACCGGGACGCCACUUACGACAACCGGUCCGAUCUCUGGUCACUAGGUAUUACCGCGCUGGAAAUGGCCGAAUCGCAGCCGCCGCUGUGCGACCUCCAUCCGAUGCGAGCGCUCUUUCUAAUUCCGCGCAAUCCGCCGCCCCGCAUGAAGUCGAAGAAAUGGUCCAAGAAGUUCCACAGCUUUAUCGACACCGUGCUGGUGAAAGACUACCACCAACGGCCUUACACGGAGCAGUUACUGAAGCAUCCUUUCAUCAAAGAACAACCAACAGAAAGACAAGUUAGAAUACAACUUAAAGACCAUAUCGAUAGGUGUAAGAAGCGCAAGCAGGAGAAGGAACGCGACGACUAUCGCUACUCGGGCUCCGAGAAUGACGACGACGAUGGUCAGACGGCGGGCGAACCUUCUUCGAUCAUUCAGGCACCGGGCAACGACACUCUGCGGCGUACGUUCCACCAGAUUCAGGAGGGUCGGAUGCAAAACGCCGAACAGCAGCAGCCACCGAACCGUAACCAGAAGCCACAACCUCGAGACGAAAGAAGUAAACCGCCUCCCCCAGUGGAAGAACCGGGGCCACCAUCACGACCUCAGUUGCCCCAGCGGUUGAUAGUGGUACCGGAUCCGCCGGCCAACAGCAACGCCAAUCGACCCCUGCCGCCGACACCCCGCAGCAGCAGCGGCUCCUCCUCCCAGCAGCCGCAACAGCCAUCGUCCCAGACGCCGCAGCAACCGGCACGCAAUCAGCAGAACUUCUUCAAACCGGUGCUGCCACCGAGACGACCAGAGGAUUUGGAUAUGCUGGCCGCACAGCUUAAUGAACUGGGCGUCUCAUCAACCUCCUCCUCCUCCUCCCCGCAGCAGUCGCAGCAGGCGCAGCCGGAAGCGCCCCCGCGGAACAAUCGGCCCCAGCCCGGCCCGCCAGUGCCCGGCGGUGGUCAGUCACACCAGCAGCAGCAGCAACAGGUCAGUGCAGUCGGUGGCGGCGGCGGUAGUGCCGGCGGCGGCAUUGGUAAGUCGCCCGCCAUCGCCCCCAACGGCAACAAUAACAGCAGCAAUGGGGGCGGCGGGGGCAGUGGCAGCGGCGGUAACAUCAAUAACAAUAACCAUCAUCCGCAACCGAUCAAUCCGCUCGAUCCGAUCGAGAGCUCCGACUCGGACUCGGAACCGGAGGAACCGAACGGCCGAACACGAAACGACGGCACGCUUCUGGCCAGCGAUCCACCCAUGCCACUGACGGGCGGUUUGGGAGUGCUCGCCGAAUCCGACCAGAACAAUCAGUCCACGUCGAGCACGCCGGGCGGCGGGGGUGGCGUCGGCGGUGGCGCCGGGGUCGCCCUGCCGCCCACGAGCGGGGGCAGUAGCGGUGGCGGUGGCGGUGGUGGUGGAGGUGGACCCCCGAAUCGACCGUUACCUCCCACACCGGACGACGAUGAUGCGCAGGGCGACGGGACGCUCAUCAAGCGGAACUACGACAAUAAGUCAUCCUCGUCGAUCGGCACGGCCACCACGUCGUCCGGCUCGACGACGCAAUCGGAGAGCGACGAGGCGAUACUGCGCGACUGGGAUUUCGAGCGCUUCUUCCCCGCCAACGAGCGGCCCCGGCCGUCCCAGCGCCACUCGAUGUCGGACAAAAUGUCUUCCUCGGCUGCCGGCUCGCCGGCUGCUUCCGAUCCGAACGGGCGCUUACGCGUGCUGGACCAUAAAUCCCGGAAGGAACUGGUGAACUCGGCCUCCUCGGUUAACCUAAACCUAGCGUUCGCCGAGAAGCGCAAGGUGGAGGAGAUGAACAACAAGAUUCGGCUGGAGGAGCGCGUCAAGAGUGAAAUGUUUGCCCGCCAAAUGAACAAGACCCCUUCGGUUGUGCCCAGUGCCAAUGGCCAAAAGGGGGCGGCUCAAUUCGCUCCGCAGCAGCAGCAGCAGCAGCAAGCGUUGGCUCAUAAACGCCAGGAGUCGGAUUCACGAUCACCGCUCAACUUUGCCCGUGCGUUCCGGCGUGAGAAUUCGGACUUUUUCCCACUGCUCAAGCGCCACUCGGCCAUCAUGGGUGAGCUGACGGCCGGAGGUUCGUCCGAUGACGGCGGGAAGCUGAUGCCCCCGGGAGGAGGGCUCGGACAGCAGGCGCAACAGCAGCGUUCCAGUGCCAUCUUUUCACGCAGCAGCCGCAACAAGUUCGAACCGAUACUGACCAACUUCUCGCUGAACAAUCCGUCCGGCAGCGACGAUGAGCGGCGCUCGUCCCGCGCCACUCCACCCCGUCCGGGGCAGGCCACGGCGGCGGCGACAGGAGGUGCAGGAUCAUCUCCGGGGAUCGGUCCCGAUGUGGGUACCGGUGGCAGCAGCAGUAGUAGUAGCGGCAGCGGGGGCACCGGAACCAACAACCAUCAAGCGCAUCUUCGACAGCAAAGUCCACUCGCUGCUACUGGCCGGAACAUGGAUUUCCUGCGGCCGCGUCGCGAGAAAACCGAAUCUGUUAUCUUCGUUCGCAAUUCACCCAACCGGCAGCAGCAGCAGUCUUCACUGCUGUUUGACGGUUUACAGAAGAACCGUUCCGGUGAGAACAGCAGCCUCGGUACGCCCGGUCAGCGAACGAGCAGUGUCCUGCCGGAUCUACUUAGUCAGGCAUCGCCGGCAACACCACCGAGACAUGACAAAUCGGCCAGCGAGGAGAAGCAGCGGAGCUUCCUGACGUUUGGCUUUGGCGCCCAGUCGGACGGUUCGGCCGCGUCCCGGCGCGAGAGCCACGUGAACGUGAACGUUACGCCGACGUCGCACGAUGCCGCCAGUGAUACGCCCGAGAUUCGCAAGUACAAGAAACGCUUCAACUCGGAGAUUCUCUGUGCGGCCCUGUGGGGCGUUAAUCUGCUGAUUGGCACCGAGAACGGGCUGAUGUUGCUCGAUCGUUCCGGCCAGGGAAAGGUCUAUCCACUGAUAUCCCGCCGGCGGUUCCAGCAGAUGGAGGUACUCGAGGGCCAGAACAUCCUGGUGACCAUCUCGGGCAAGAAGAACCGGGUCCGCGUGUACUACCUGUCGUGGCUCAAGUCGAAGAUUUUGCGCACCGAUGGCCUAACCGACCAACAAGUGGAACGCCGCAACGGCUGGAUCAAUGUCGGCGAUCUGCAGGGCGCCGUACACUUCAAGAUCGUCAAGUACGAGCGCAUCAAAUUCCUGGUGAUCGCCCUGAAGGACUCGAUCGAAAUCUACGCCUGGGCCCCGAAGCCGUACCACAAGUUUAUGGCAUUUAAGAGCUUCGGUGAGCUGAUGCAUCGUCCGCUGCUGGUCGAUCUGACCGUCGAGGAGCAGACGCGGCUGAAGGUCAUCUACGGCUCGGCGGAAGGCUUUCAUGCGGUCGAUCUCGACUCGGCCACCGUGUACGACAUCUACCUUCCUAAGCAUACUCAGGGUCCAAUUUCGCCACACUGCAUCGUGACGCUGCCAAACUCGAACGGCAUGCAGCUGCUGCUGUGCUACGACAACGAGGGCGUCUACGUCAACACGAUGGGCCGGGUGUCGAAGAACAUUGUGCUACAGUGGGGCGAAAUGCCCACCUCCGUGGCGUACAUCGGAACCGGACAGAUCAUGGGCUGGGGUAACAAAGCAAUCGAGAUUCGUUCGGUCGAAACCGGCCACCUGGACGGUGUGUUUAUGCACAAGAAGGCGCAGCGUCUCAAGUUCCUGUGCGAGCGGAACGAUAAGGUUUUCUUCAGCAGUGCCAAAGGCGGCUCAUCCUGUCAGAUCUACUUCAUGACGCUGAACAAACCGGGCAUGGCCAACUGGUAGAUCCCGCACAUCCUACCCCCCGCGGUCAAAGCGGAGAAAGGAGUGGAGGAUAAAGCGGUAGGACGGACAGCAGGGUGAGUGGCAGCCACGAAUCAAUGAUGCGCGAAUAAGGAGCGCAAUAAUAUUAGCAACAGUAGUAGCGUGGUUAGAGGAGAAGUGGUAUAGCAUAAACAGAAACGACAGUAGAGAGAGAGAAAGAGAGAGCAAACAGAUAAAUGGAAGCAGCAGUAAACACACUAUAUUAUAGCCGUAACGUAAAACUGACGGGAUGUAGAAAACGAUUCUUUCAACACAACAACAACAACAACAACAACAACAAAUCGGAGCACAUUAUUUCACAAGUAUGUGCCGUUAGGUAAUAGUAAGAAAAAACAAGUAACAUUAGCAAACGCGUUCUGUUGAAGAAGCGCACAUCUUUCCACCACACGCGGAACAGGAAACACAAGUAUACCCCUCCUGGCUCCCCAAGGACAUACACAAUCAUACACAUUCAUGCAAACACCCUCAGACACACACAGUAACAUAAUUGAACACAUAAAUCGUAAUGAGCAGGAAAUCUUUUUACUCUAGAAAUAGUAGCAAUCAUGUAAACUAAUUAUUAGCAGCAAAGUAAAGAAGAAAAGAAAACAAGAUAGCGAGAGACGCCGAGGCACAGAGUAAGAGAGCCCACGAAACAAAUCUUUUUCGCAAACAACAAACGCACCCCCAAAACGAACAAAACACACACGAUCGAUCCGGUCGGUGGUCGGGUUGUUGGAAAAACAGUCUAGACUUACCAAGUAGAUAACGGGAAAUACACAUAUGAAGUGCACUGGCAAGGUAAGGUAGAAGUAAUAGUGGACCUAAGGAACGAUUUUACACACCAGCCAGUGUUUUUUUUUUUCCUGGUAACGAGAACGUUUAAACGAAAUCUUGUGAAAAGUAUCUCGCUGGUGCGCGGCGUGUUGGUGGCAGGUUGCUUCCAUUUUAAACCGUUCACACUUAGGCCUCCUCCUUCUCCUCCUCCACCACGUCACGUUGGUUUUUGGGAUAGCAUUUUCCCGUGUGUAGAGGGAGGUUAGAAAAACGCAUUUUUUAAACGAGCAUCAUCUCCCAUCACAGGGCGCGUGGUAUAUAUUUAUUAUUAUCAUCACGAUUAUCGCCCCCGGCGUGCGGCGGUAUCAGGGGGAGAUAACGAACAACCGACUUGAAACAAUCAAUUAUUAACAGAAAACUUCGGGACUCGAACAAAGCAAAGCAACCCGAGCAAAAGCAGUAUUAAUCGAUUAGAUUGGCUGACAUUAAAUUUCAUCGGUUUACCAUGGCAAUGCGUUCUCGAUCGAGAACCGUUGCUAUGGGUUACGGAAAAGAAAUCGAUCACCAGCUUUUUCGAUUAACGCUGCUCGGGGAAAGAUAAUGGUAAACAGAUAGUCAAAAAAAAAAAAACGUGUCGCGUGCGAUAGGAAAUGAAAUGUUUUGAAUAGAACGGCGUAGGUUGGGUUUGUGAAACAGAAAGAUCGUGCUAAACAAAACACUUCCCAGAAAAGACCUAUCAGCGGGAGAAACCAUUUUUCUCACGAGGAAUCUGAAGAAUCUAAUAUGUAGGAAACAAGUCGCUAAAAACAACGGCAGGGCAUUUCAAUUACGGCCGCCGAGGUGGAGUAUGUCUGGCAAGGUCGAAGAAGAGCAGAGGAAUUCUGCCAACGAAGAAGAUGAUGGGUGGAUGGUAGAUUAUGAGAACGUUAUGCUUUUCUGUCGUAGCAUUAUAAUUUGUUGAUACUCUGUCCUACAUUUUUUUAAACAAUAAAUCAAUUUGAACUCUCUCGAAGGAUAUAA